AUGGAAGAGCGAGUGUCUACAAAGAGUAUCUACGAUUCUGCAUUGCUCGCACGGUCUGUCUUUGUGGACACGGUCACGCAGAAGCAAGUCCGGACGGCGAGCGAGAAAGUAUUCGGCAAGGGGUCUAGUAAAUUAGAUCACCCCGGUCUAGAGAAGUUGCGCAGUGAUCUGACUCGUCAGAUACUAUCGCGAAGGCAUGCUGUCAGCCUAGCCAUACACGCCCGCGUACAGAAGCAGCGAAAGGAGUUGGCAGCGCAAGAUGAUACGCAAGCAUUGCCUCAUCCUAAAGCCCGACCGGUCAUUUCAGACGAUACAUUAGACCAUCAAUCGAAGCGUGCGCGCAUCGAUGACGAUGGAGCAUACGGUCAGGGCGAGCGCCUGACUUUUGACGAGAUCAUGACGAGGUUGGAGAAUGAGCUUGAGAUGACACUGGCAGAUAUCGAACAGCUCGACGCGCGAUUGAAGAAGCGUAGGAAGCGCGUCUCAAAGGCACUUGACACUCUCGAGGCGACAUGA